AUGGCCAGCCAGCUGGACACCGAGGUGCUUUGCACGCUCUUGGAAGGAGAGCCUCCCGCCGAGAACAUCGGGUCAGCAUCACCACCAACAAAGAAGGAAGACCGCAACAGUGGUGACGGUGGCGUUGGUGGUGAUGGUAGUACGGGAGGCGGCCAGAGCGGUAGUGGUGGCGGUGAGAGCGGCAGCGGUGGCGUGGAGAGCGGUAGUGGUGGCGGUGAAACCGGCAGCGGUGGCGGUGGUGGUGGCAAAGGGAGCGAAGGCAGCGGUCGCCUCAGCAGUGGUAGUGGCGGCAACGACGAGGGCGGGGAUGCAGAAGGAGACGGAAAACCCGAAAAGUCACGCUUCAGCGUGCUCUUGGGGAUGCUGACCAUAGCUACCAUGGUGGACGCCGAGGGUAAAGCCGCGGCUAGCUGGGCCGCCAAAUCGGCUGCUGGGAGGGGGCAAGAAGACCAAGAGGUCGAUGGUCAAGCAGAACGAGGGGCGAGGCUGGAUAGCGCGGAGAACGAGGACGGCGGCAGCGUCGGCAGCAGCGUCGGCAGCAGCGUCGGCAGCGGUGUCAGGGGCGUCGUCGCUGUUCUGGACGACGGGCACGAGAUGGACCCUUACAGCUGCGACCUCGUCAAGGCGUCCACCAAGUAUCUUCAUCAGCGGCUUCUGGUAGUCCUUGUUAGCCCUCCGCUGCCGGGGAUCAUCACCAAGCAUCGCCACACUUCCGGAAGUUGUGCGUCUCAUGGAGGAGGAAGAAGCGACAGUGGAGGACACGUGGGUGAACAUGGAGACGAAGAUAGCAGCACCGCCUGCACCAGCGGAAGCGAGGACGAGAGCGUUUUGUCAGACGACGAUCCCGAUCGUACAGUAACGGUCGUCUCUAACGUUCUACCGAUACUGAAUGCUGUCGGGGAACUAGAAAGCGGCGGAGGUGGCGGCGACGAGAGGAACAGCAUGCCGGGUUCGGUUGAUUCGGAGGUGGGGCCCGCCUCCACAGGCGUGUCUUGCUCGGAGCCAGUCACGAAGGCAACGGCGGGGAGACCUGAGCUGACUCCACCUUAUAGGGCCGAAAGAGGGAGCCGUAGUUCGGCCGCGGAGCACGCGGGUGGGAAACCGGAUGGAGCGGGUGGAGGCAACAACGACGGGAAGAAGGCUAGGAAGAGUGGAGGCGAGCUCGGCAUAAAAAGGAACGGGGACAAAGUUAUGCGCAGGACUAGCAAACGUCGUAGCAGAACCAGCGACGACGGCAGCGGCGGAGCACCAAAGGCUCCAGGAAGCACUCUCCACCUCCAGGUUCUAGUGCGUUCGCUUCGGUACGAAGAGACUGUCCAGCUGGGAUGCCGGCACCUGGGCUGCGACGAGCUGGACCCCGUUGUUGGGGUGGCCCUCUACCUUCAGACAAAUGGGAAUCCCCUUUCUAUCAUCGGCUACUGUAACCUCAUGGUGGAAAGGAACCUUGGGGAGGUCACCUUAACUACCACUGGCGUUACUCCAACGACGUCAGCCAACCCAAGCCACACAGCAUCUGCAGCAGCACCAAAAGUCGGGGGGGGCGCUCAACCUCCGGCUGUCGACGCGAACAAGGACGAUGUCGACAUCUCCACCGCAGAACCGUCCAUAGCAGCAGCAGCAGCGGUCGCAGCCAUGCUAGAAACGGCAGUUGAGUCGGUGGCGCAAGGGCUGGAAGGUGGAAACAGGCAGGGGCUCCUCGCGGGAGACAAUGCCGCCGGUGAUGAAAAGGGAAAGCACGAGACACAAACUCCACAGAAUAACGUUCCGCCUGCGACGAUUUUCAGGUUUCAAGAAAACAUGAACGUGUUCAAGGUUCUCGAGGGCACGGUGCCUUCUUCCGUGGAGAGCCGCAUCAUUGCUUUUCUAGGCUGUCUUUCGGCGCAACAGUCCUUCAUCCUCAGGGUUAUGAGCGUCAUCGGCACCCGGGCGAUAGAGGCCGAGCUCGUGGAGGCCGUGUACCCCAUCCCUAUUAAAGGGAGCACUUUGCGAGAAGACCUUCACGCUCUGGAGGCUUGCCGGUUGAUCAAGAUUGACAAAGUUGCGAAUGAGACGCACCCCGGGCAAUCCCAGGCUGCUGCCGCCGCUGCCGCAGCCGAGACGUUCGCUGCGGGUUCGCGGACCGGAACCGAACGCACACGUCAUCACCGUGACCACCACAAGCUGACACUCUCUUUCAGGGAUCUGGUAAUCCAUCAGGUCGUCUACAAGAGACUGAGUCACAACCACCGAAACCAGCUGCACGGAAGCAUCGCCGAUUGGCUCUCGUAUCGGCAGCAACAAAGCGCGAAGUCGGUAGGUCGAAAGCAUAUCUUGGCGCGAGGCAGUCACAAAUGGGUGGUCCAUGCGUGGCAACGGCCCGUUUGCGCGUACGAGGACAUUUCAGAGUUCCUUGCGAUAUUGACCCUGAAAUGCCUUUCUUUCUCUUGCUGCGCUUUGAGUGCGGUCUUGUAG